AAAAACUGUUAUAAUAUCAAGGGGCAGGUAAUGGUGAGGUAGUUUCCCUUUCCCUUGAUAUUAAUAACAAGAGUUGAACAAACAUUACCUAUCACGCGCUUAGUCUUGAUGAUAUGCGAAUGCGAUACACGACGAAACAAGAAGAAGAAUCAAAGAACAUUCAUAUUUACACAUCAUGCCGUAUACUAACCCUUAUCUAUAAAACUAUCGACUAUACUAAAGCCCUUUCUCAUUUCAAAGAGAUCCUCCUCACAAGAACUAAGAUUUAUGGGAGAAACCACAGAACUUGAUGUUCUUACCUCACAGCUUCAACAAACGUUCAAGCUAGUUCAACAUGACAAAACAUCCAUGCGAUUCUUUAGGUCAACGUUAAAAGAUUUGUCUCCUCUGGUUCACGAGAUCGAGCUAUAUAAUGAUCGGUUGAAUCCACCUAGAGAGGAAAUCAAGUUUCUCAUCAAAGAAAAUCAUGCCGAACAAAGGAAUCUUUGCUGGAACAAGUUUACUUCUUUGUUUCAUCAGUUCUGUAAGAAGAAGGAUGAUUCUGGUUCAUGUGUUUCUGAUAACAAACAAGCUGUUAUGGCGAAAGAUGUUAAGGAUACACUUUAUAAGUUGAGAGAGAUUCUUAACAAAGAGAAUUUUGACAAGAAAAUUAGUGGAUCUGGAGGACUAAUUUUUAGGGGUCCUUUUGGUGUUCCUCAAAUUCCUGAGUUUACGGUUGGUUUGGAUUUAUCGUUGAGUAAGUUGAAGACGGAGCUUCUUAGAGAUGGUAGAUCUACUCUUUUGGUGACUGGUUUUGGAGGAAUGGGUAAAACCACUUUAGCUGCAAAGUUAUGUUGGGAUGUACAAGUCAAAGGUAAAUUCAGGGGAAAUAUUUUAUUUGUUGUAUUUUCGAAAACGCCUCAGUUGAAGAUUAUUGUAGAGAGACUAUUUGAACAUUGUGGAUAUCUGGUGCCUGAGUUUCAAAGCGACGAAGAUGCUGUUAAUGAAUUGGGGCUUUUGCUGAAGAAAAUGGAGGGAAGUCCAAUAUUGUUGGUCCUAGAUGACGUUUGGCCUGGCUCAGAAGAUCUCGUUGAGAAAUUUCAAUUCCAGAUAUCAGAUUAUAAAAUUUUGGUAACAUCAAGGGUUGCACUUUCGAGAUUUGACAAAACCUUUAUCCUAAAUCCUCUUGUUCAUGAAGAUGCAGUAACCCUUUUCCGCCACUAUACACAAUUGGAGAAAAAGAAUUCAAACAUUCCGGACAAAGUUCUUAUCCAAAAGGUUGUGAAACAUUGCAAGGGUUUACCUCUUGCCGUUAAAGUUCUUGCAAUGUCACUCAGUAAUCGGCCAUAUGAGUUGUGGGAAAAGAUUGUGAAGGAACUUUCACUAGGCUGUUCUAUACUUGAUUCUAAUACUGAAUUACUUACUCGCCUCCAAAAGAUCUUGGACGUUUUGGAAGAUAAUCCCAUCAACAAAGAGUGCUUCAUGGACCUAGCAUUAUUCCUUGAAGACCAAAGGAUUCCUGUUGCCGCUCUCAUCGAUAUAUGGGCAGAGUUGUAUGGACUAGAUGAUGCCGGCAUAGAAGCAAUGAAUAUAAUCAAGAAAUUAGACUCCAUGAAUCUGGCUAAUCUCUUAAUAGCAAGGAAAAAUGCAAGUGACACAGAAAAUUACUACUACAAUAACCACUUUGUUGUCCUUCAUGAUCUUCUAAGAGAGCUUGGAAUUUAUCAAAGCACACAGGGACCUAUUGAACAAAGAAAAAGACUUCUUAUUGACGUAAAUGAAAACAAACGUAAUUGGUGGCUUGGGGAGAAGCAGAAAGGCACAAUGACUCGCAUAUUGUCCAAAUGUUUUAAAUGGUGUGUUAAACCGAAGCCUCAACAGAUCCCUGCCCGCACAUUAUCUAUAUCAACUGAUGAAACUUGUGUUUCAGACUGGUCCCAAGUGCAGCCAGCUCUGGUUGAGGUUCUGAUUUUAAAUCUUCAAACCAAGCAGUACACAUUUCCAGAGUUGAUGGAGAAGAUGAGCAAACUGAAAGCUCUUAUAGUCAUAAAUCACGGUUUCCGUCCUUCUGAACUGAACAAUUCUGAGCUACUUAGCUCUUUAUGCAACCUGAAUAGAAUCAGGCUAGAGCGGAUUUCUGUUCCUUCCUUUGGCACAUUGAAUAAUCUGAAGAAAUUAUCCCUCUACAUGUGUAAUACGAGACUAGCUUUUGAAAAGGGUAGCAUUCUAAUUUCAGAUACAUUUCCAAAUUUAGAAGAUUUGAACUUUGACUAUUGCAAGGAUUUGAUGGCAUUGCCUAAUGGGGUGUGUGAUAUUGCCUCAUUAAAAAAGCUCAGUAUUACUAAUUGUCAUAAGCUUUCUUCGCUGCCCAAAGAUAUUGGGAAGUUGGAGAAUUUGGAACUCUUGAGCCUGAUUUCCUGCACUGAUUUGAGAGAGCUACCAGAUUCUAUUGGAAGCCUUUCAAAUCUAAGUCUACUUGACAUCUCCAACUGCAUAAGCCUUUCAAGUUUACCUGAGGACAUUGGCAAUCUGUGUAAUCUAAGAAAUCUCUACAUGACUAGUUGUGCAAGUUGUGAAUUGCCGAUCUCAGUUGUCAAUCUCGAGAAUUUGAAAGUGAUAUGUGACGAAGAGACCGCUGUUUCAUGGGAAUCUUUCCAAUCUAUGAUAUCCAAUUUAACUAUAGAGAUUCCUCAAGUUGAAGUCAAUUUAAAUUGGCUUCAUGCAAUUCGCUCCUAAAACCUAUAUGCACUCUUCCUCUGCUUUUGAAAGUUGUCAUUGAGGACACAUGAUAGCAGAUAGAACAAAACACUCAGUUUCCUCUUAUAGAACUCGUCCAACAAAAAUCUUUGAAAAUAUUGAUAGAGACAUUAUCCAAGUCCUGCAUCGAGUAGUAUGGCUUGGUGAGUAUUUAAGUGGUUUUGUUCUUUUCCCAUGAUGGCUAGCUUUUAAGGGAGGCUUCUUCAAAUGUUUGAAUAUCAGAGCUUGUGGCUUUAAAAGGGCUAUCUACAAAAGGGCUGACCGUAAAGGCCGAGUAAAGCAUCGUAGAGUGCAUCCAUCGGGACGUCAGCUCGAUACCUAGCUCUUAAGGGAGGGCUCCCUUGACACUUAUUUGAUAAUUCGAUAAAAUCCAAAUCCUAAGUGAUAUGUAUGUUUUCAGGUCAGCUGCUAUGAGUGGCAGAUCAUUCGACAACAUCUAGAGUCAUUCAAUUAUUGAUUCUAGUAGCAAGCAAUGUGCUUACAUGUCUGUCUCAAAAGAGGCUUGCUUCCAUGUUUGACAUCCGCAGUUGAGAAGAAAUCAAAAACAAAAGAGACGAUGAAAGGAAGAACAACGGGAUACUAAUGCUAUGGCACAUGCAAAGAAAAUGAAAAAAAAUCAUGGUUCUUUUUCAGCAAACAGAAAAAGAUCAACAUGAUGUUAAGGCAUUGGUUUGGAAUAAAAGUGGCAGAGGAAGAGGUAGAGAGGUGUUGGGAGUAAAUUUGUCGCAAGUGUGAAACUAAAACAAUCAUGUAGUAGUAUUUUAAGAUUGACAAUCACAGGCCAAGAGUGCAAGUUGAUGCGUCAAAAGUUCGGGAAAUUGUUUGAACUUUGAAGGCUAAGGUUCGUUCAGACUUUUCCAAAGUAUGACUUGAAAAUAUGUACUAGUACAAUGCCCCUUCAAUAUAUGUGGGUAGAAAUCCAUGAUGAACAUGAACAUAGUCUAUGAUGUUUUUUUAAUAUAUAGUGUGGCUCUCAAACAAUUUGAUAUUGUGUGAUUUUCUUAGAGCCACUAACUGCCACUUGUAUAAUUAUUGACAUGAAAUAAAACUGGUGAUUUUCUGUUU